AUGCACUACAUUGACGAAGGACAAGGGGAGCCAAACGUAUUCCUGCACGGCAACCCUUCGUGGUCUUUCGAGUUUCGGGGCCCGGUAAGGAGGCUGCGGGACCAGUUCAGAUGCGCCGCUCCCGACCACAUCGGUUUUGGCCUUUCCGAGCGCAGCCAGGCGUCGGAUAGCAGUCAUCCCCAAGCCCACGCGGAGAACUUCGCCGCCCUGCUGGAUCACCGGCAGUUUAAGGAUGUCACCCUCUAUCUGACCGACUGGGGCGGCCCUAUUGGGCUUUCUUUUGCCCAGCGUUAUCCGGAACGGAUGCGCCGCACAAUAAUGGUUAACACCUGGCGCUGGCCCGUCAACAACGAGCGGCACUUUGUGCUGUUCAGUGGAAGGAUGUCCAGCGGUAUUGGGCGAUUCAUGAUUCGCCGGUCUAACUUUUUCGUUAACCAGGUAAUGCCCCGGGCGGUGGGCGAACGAAAAAUCCUGACUUCGGAAGUUAAUCGCCACUACCGGCAGGGCCCUGCCCGACUGGGACUCCCGGUAUGCCUGCGCCGACUUUCCUGGACACAUUAUCGGAGCUUCAGAUUGGCUGGACUCCAUUUGGAGCGAACGGGAAGCUUUUGUAAACAAACCCUCUCUAGUGCUUUGGGGUCAGAAAGAUAUUGCUUUCCGUCCGAAGGAAUUGGGCGUCUGGCAAUCCGAACUGACCAACCACCAAUGUCGCACCUUCGCUCAAUGCGGUCAUUUCCUGGCGGAGGAAGCACCCGACAGCGUAUCCCAUCUUAUUGCCGGCUUCAUGUCAGGCAAUCCCAUAAACCACGCUGGAAGCGGGAGGCAACAUGGUUAACGUGCCAGCCGUCAGUUCUUUUCCCCAGUUGA